AUGUUCUCCCGCAACCACCGGAGCCGGGUCACCGUGGCCCGGGGCUCGGCCUUGGAGAUGGAGUUCAAACGCGGCCGCUUCCGACUCAGCGUCUUCAGCGACCCGCCCGAGGACACCGAGUUGCAGAGAAAGCUGGACCACGAGAUCCGCAUGAGGGAAGGGGCCUGCAAGCUGCUGGCAGCCUGCUCCCAGCGUGAGCAGACCCUGGAGGCCACCAAGAGUCUGCUGGUGUGCAACAGCCGCAUCCUCAGCUACAUGGGCGAGCUGCAGCGGCGCAAGGAGGCGCAGGUGCUGGGGAAGAGUGGCCGGCCUUCUGACGGCGGCCGGCUGCUGGCUGAGCGCUCCCCCUGCCGAGGCCGCGUCUGCAUCUCUGACCUCCGGAUCCCGCUCAUGUGGAAGGACACAGAGUAUUUCAAGAACAAAGGUGACCUGCACCGCUGGGCCGUGUUCCUGCUGCUGCAGCUUGGGGAGGACAUUCAGGACACAGAGAUGAUCCUGGUGGACAGGACCCUCACGGACAUCACCUUUCAGAACCAUCUGCUCUUCACUGAGGCAGGGCCGGACUUCAGGCUGCGGCUGGAGCUGUACGGGGCCUGCCUGGAGGAGGACGGAGCCCUGGCCGGGGCCCCCAGGAGGCUCGCCACCAAACUCAGCAGCUCCCUGGGCCGCUCCUCUGGGAGGCGCGUCAGGGCGUCGCUGGAGAGCGCGGGCGGCUCAGCGAGCAGCCCGGUCCUGCUCCCCACCCCGGCUGUGGGGGGUCCCCGCUACCACCUCUUGGCUCACACCACGCUCACCCUGGCCGCAGUGCAAGAUGGGUUCCGCACCCAUGACCUCACUCUCGCCAGCCAUGAGGAGCACCCUGCCUGGCUGCCCCUCUAUGGCAGUGUGUGUUGCCGCCUGGUGGCUCAGCCCCUCUGCAUGACGCAGCCUACUGCCAGCGGCUCCCUCAGGGUGCAGCAAGCUGGGGAGCGGCAGGACUGGGCACGAGUGCACGGAGUCCUGAAAGGCACGAACCUCCUCUGUUACCGGCAGCCUGAGGAUGCAGAUACGGGGAAAGAGCCGCUGUUUACUAUCGCCAUCAACAAGGACACUCGAGUCCAGGCAGGGGAACUGGACCAGACCACAGGCCGGCCCUUCACUCUGAGCAUCAGUAACCGGUAUGGGGAGGACAAGGUGACACACACCCUUCAGGCAGAGAGCCGGGGAGCCCUGCAGAGCUGGAUGGAGGCUCUGUGGCAGCUGUUCUUCGACAUGAGCCGGUGGAAGCAGUGCUGUGAUGAAAUCAUGAAAAUUGAAACCCCAGCUCCCCGGAAACCCCCCCAGGCUCUGGCCAAGCAGCGGUCCCUGUACCAUGAGAUGGCUAUUGAGCCUCUGGAUGACAUCGCCGCAGUGACAGACAUCCUGGCCCAGCGGGAGGGCGUGAGGCUGGAGACGACCCCACCCUGGCUAGCCAUGUUUGCAGACCAGCCUGCCCUGCCUCGCCCCUGCUCGCCUGCCUCAGUGGCCCCAGCUCAGACCCACCCCCUGUCCUGGGGGCGCCCCAGAACAUUCUCCCUGGACGCUGUGCCCCCAGACCACUCCGCUGAGGCCCCCCGCUUGGUCGCCCCUCUCCCCCCGCACCGAUCCCCACGUUCUAGAGGCCUCGGCCGCAAAGGCUCCCCCCGCACGUGGCUCCAGUCCCCGGUGUGA